CUGUUGAUCAACAAGAAACGCUACGCUGGCCUCUACUUCACGAAGCCUGACAAACACGACAAGAUGGACUGCAAGGGCAUUGAGACUGUCCGGCGAGACAAUAGCCCUCUGGUGGCGAACCUGGUAAAUGCCUGUCUUGAACGAAUCCUCAUCAACCGAGAUCCCGGCGCAGCCAUCACCUAUGCCCAGCACGUGAUAUCUGAUCUGCUCUGCAACCGCAUCGACAUAUCCCAGUUGGUGAUCAGCAAGGAACUCACAAAGACGGACGAGGAGUAUGCGGGUAAACAGGCGCAUGUAGAGUUGGCAAACAAGAUGCGCAAACGGGACCCCGGUUCAGCACCCCAGCUGGGUGAUCGUGUGCCCUACGUGAUCACGGCCAUUGGGGGAAAAGGCACUGCUGCCUAUGCCAAAGCUGAGGAUCCACUCUAUGUGCUGAAACACCACGUUCCAAUUGACGCCAAGUACUACCUAGAGAACCAGUUAUCCAAUCCACUGAUGCGUAUCUUUGAACCCAUUCUCGGGGAGGCUAAAGCAAAAUCGGCUCUCUUGACUGGUGAACACACACUGGUGAAGUCCGUUAUCCACUCCAAGGUCGGUCAGUUGUCGGCGUUCACGCAGAAACGCCCGGCUUGUAUCGGCUGUCGGUCACUGCUGCCUAAGGACCGUGAAGACGGAGCUCUGUGCGCUUACUGUGAAUCUCGGGCAUCUGAAAUCUACCAGAAGGAAGUCAGUGAGUUGAACUCUCUGGAAGCACGGUUUGCGCGUCUCUGGACGGAAUGUCAACGCUGUCAGGGCAGUCUGCAUGAGCAAGUUAUCUGCACGAGGUGA